ACCCUUGUCAUGAUCAUUCUCGAUUGUACUCUGCUGCUUGACUGACCAGGGAUUCUGGAAUCUCGUGGAUCAUCUCGAGCUAUCUGACCUAGGCAUCAGAGGCUCCAUGCCGCACUCGCACCAUUCGCACUCUGGCCAAUUCUGUCGGCAUGCCAAGGACAAUUUGGAGCAAAUCGUCCAGGAGGCCAUCUCCCAGGGGUUUGAGCUGUAUGGACUCUCAGAGCAUGUGCCGAGGUGCAGGACGGAGGACCUGUACCCUGAAGAGUCUGGCCUGACCCCUGAAGACCUUGAUCAAACCUUUGCAUCCUUCCUCCGUGAGGCGACCGCGCUCAAGGGGACAUAUGCUGCUCAGAUAACCCUAUUGACGGGUAUGGAGUCUGAGCAUAUCACUUCUCUGGACCUGGAGAAAGUUCAGUCUUUGAUCGAGGAUCCCAGGAUAGACUACAUCGUAGGGAGCGUCCACCAUGUUCAUGGAAUACCGAUCGAUUUCGACAAGGCUACUUGGCAGCGAGCGAUCUCAGAGAGCUACAAGAGAACGCACGGUACCCCAUUAUAUCAAGAAGAUCAAACACCCGCCUCCGGCGCUCAAGUCGCGCUGUUUUUGCCCUUUCUUCACGCCUACUUUGACGCCCAAUUCCAGAUGCUACAGGGACUGCAGCCAGAAGUCGUGGGGCAUUUCGACCUCUGCUCAUUAUAUACGCCUGGUAUAUCGCUUUGCUCGCUCGAGCCUGCCUUAAGAUCCAAGAUUGAACGGAAUGUACGAUAUGUCACAGAUUACGGAGGACUAUUUGAAGCCAAUUCCGCGGCGCUCAGGAAAGGAUGGACAAGUUCCUACCCUUCAGAAGAUGUUCUUGGCCUCAUCGUUUCACAUGGAGGCAAGAUAUGCCUCUCGGACGACUCGCAUGGUGUAGCUCAGGUCGGUCUGAAUUACGCCUUGAUGCGAGAAUAUCUCGUAUCGAAAGGUGUGGAUACCAUCUGGCAUCUUGUCUCAGUCGACAGAGCAGAACAUGGCGAUGAAAGGGUUGGUAAUCGAGGCCGUGUACUGGCUAGACCAGUACCAGGCUGGCAAAUGGGAUCAUUCUGGAGGGACUGAGUUUCACAUCACGGAUAAAUAGUUUUCCAACACUGCCUGGGAACGUGCUUUGGCCAGCCUGCGACCUUCAAGCUGAGCGAACAGCUGAUACCAUGCGAUCGAUGCGACUCCGCUGUCGGCUCGACGCAUCGAAAGCUCCUGGUCCCAAGCGCUCGUACCGACCUGCACCAAGCCGUGAUGCCUCGGAGUUUUCCGGGAUUUUUGACCCUGUAGGGGCAAGUUCCUCAAGGAGAAGGUGCCUUGCGGAGAAGGCACCUAUGAACAAGGCAGAAUGCAUGCCGAUUAAGUCCGC